UUUACGUGGACAAGCCCUAAAUUACAUACGCAGAGAGAAGGCCCAAGGACAAACCCUUUCUUUCUCGUUCCGAGUAGGAGAUCGUCGGCUCUGCUCUCUGUUUCUCUGUGUUAGUACGAAAACGAAGAGCUUUUAUCGGUUUUAAUCUUUAUCAAUUGUUGAUUGAGAGGACCAAAAAUGAUAAAGAGACGAUUCUACAGGGUUGAACAUGGUGACAGAGAUAAUGCCACGGAUUCAUCUUCCUUCUCCUCUGAUUCUGAACUUGAAGUUGAAACCUCGGAAGAAGAACCAGACAAUGAUGCUGUCGCGGAAGAAUCAGAAGACGAAGAAACAGAGGAUGAUUCUGCUAUUGAACUGAAAAAAAAUCGUGGAUCCUGCUCUACCUCAUCUGGAUAUGAGAGUGAAGAUAGCUCAGGAAAUGAGGCUAAUGUUGACUUACCAGAUUUUAUAAAUGAAGAUGCUGCUGCAACUGGACGUGACAGGGCAAAUGAAAAUCAAUUACCUUAUGGACGCAGUUCCAAACUACUGGAGGCAAAAUAUUAUACCACAUCUGAAAAGGAACCAAUAUCAGAUAAUAUUCCAGCAUGUAUGAUAAAAUGCAAAUCAGUGUUUAAGUGCCAGAUAUGCCCGCGGAUUGUUUGCCUAAAUGAGGAGACAAUGAGGGCGCAUGUUAAUUCAAAGAAGCAUGCUCGAUCCAAGAAAUUACUCAAAGAAGGUAGACUGAAAAGCAUGCUCAAUAGUGAUGGGGAGAUUGAGCACCAGGAGACUCCGGAAAGGAGACAUGCUCCCGUUAUACCUUCUUCACAGGAUGAACAAAAGGAUAAAAACAAAGGGUCACGUCGGCAAAGGAAAAAUUCAAAGAGAAGAAAGAAGCAAUUAACCAAAGAUGGAGGAAGACACUCAGUUGACUCAAAACCUGACAGAAGGCCUUUCAAGAAAAGGCAUAAAGAUAAGGAAUGAAUGGGACAUAUUUGCUACAUAGAACGCAACAAAAGAAUUGCCCUGAACAUUUAUAUGUUCGGCGAGUCAUUUCUACGAAUGAAUUAUGAGUGGUACAACUUGAUUAUUUUAAAUGUUUUGAUUUUACCCUUUCCUCCAAAUCGUGCUUAUUAAAAUUGUGUUAUUAGUGUGAUACCCUGCAAUGUUAGGAUCAGGAAGCUAUACAUUUGUUGAGAGAAAUGAAGACCAUGGAAUUCUUUUUCCCUCCAAACCCUAAUCCAGGUUUAAUUGCCUUACUUUCUGCAAGACAGCUUAAAUGCACAACUUUGAACUUGCUUAUUUCUU